AUGGUGGAACUGUUAGCACACUCAUCCGUAUUGCUGGGGAACCUCGAGCGCAUCAGGACAAAGCGAGAUUGUGCAGGCUGCCAAUCCAUCGUAGCUGCCCUCGUCGGAGUUAAAGAGGUUGCAGAGCCCGACCUCCCUGGCCUGGACGCACGGCUGCGAUUCGAUGGGAGGAGCUUCUUCUGCGACCUCUACCCGCAUCGCCAGGAGCCCAGCACCAGCCGUGGCCCGAUGCUGUGGCAAAUAGAACCUGCCGACGCCACACAGCGGCUAUAUGUAGCUAGAAUGAAAUAUGCAAGGUUCAUGGAUGCGAACCGUAUCGACACGGGGCUGAUCAGCUCGUGGAUCGAGACCUGCGACCGCCUCCAUAGCAAUGCGAUAACCCAUACCGAUGGGGCGUCGCCGAUGACACAAAGCAACCUUCCAUUCCUUUACCUGAUCGACCUCGAGCAGGAAUGCCUGGUGCGGGUCUACCUGGAUGGGGGUGGGGAUGGCUCUUCAGCGGAUGGCCCGCCGUGCUACGUCGCUCUGAGCUAUGUUUGGGGGCGGGUAGAGAUUCCCACGACAACAACCAAGAAUCUCGCGCAGCUCCAACAACCGGGGGCUCUAUCGCCGCAGACAUUUGCCAGAACUAGCGGUACCCGGCUGACCCGUACCAUCGCGGACGCCAUGAGCUUGGCCUCCCGGUUGGGGAUCCGAUUCUUCUGGACGGAUUGCUUCUGCACCGUCCAGGACGGCGGUGCAGAAAAGACCAUGUUCAUCAACGCCAUGGCCUCCAUCUAUUACCGAGCCUAUUUCACCAUCGUUGCCAGCGAGGGCCCCCACGGCGACUUUGGCAUACCGGGUGUCUGCCGUGACAAGAACGGCGGCCCCAGCGUGGAUCCUCCUCCACCUCCUCGGGAUAUUAUUUGCCGCCACAUGACGUUUCCCGGUGCUGUCCUUCAAACCGAGGACAUGAUGGGUCACAGCACCAGGAGCAUAUGCGAGGGGACUCCGUGGUCCACGCGCGCCUGGACAUUCCAGGAGGCCUUUUUCUCGCGCCGCCUGCUCGUGUGCAACGGGACCGUCAGUUGGGUUUGUCGCAGCUUUCGGAGCGAAGAGUGGGUGGCCUGCGAGCACGGUGCGAAAGGGACCGCCCACGAGACGCCCGGCUUCAUCUCGGACGUCCCGGACUGGCCCGACAUGAAGCAGUUCGGCCGCCUUGUCCUCGAGUAUGCCAAGCGGGACUUGACCUUUGACGAUGACGUCCUCGCCGCGUUCGCCGGCGCUGCAGCGGUCCUGAGUCAGUCCUUUCGCCCCGGCUUCCACUUUGGGUUGCCCGAGAUGUUCUUUGACGUGUGCCUGCUCUGGGAGGGUGAUAGGCGGAACCCACGUCCGCUGCGGCGGCGCGAGGGCAAAGCUAUCCGCUUGCCUAGCUGGUCGUGGGUGAGCGUCAAGGGUGCUCUGUUUCUGGACAUGUGGAUGUGCUUUGGUUCUCACUUCUACGCCGGCGGUCUGCUCCUCCCGGAUCCGAGGCUGACUGACCCGCUCGUUCGCUGGCGCAAAACCCUGCUGCGGCCGGAUGGGCACCUAGUGCCUGGCGAAUACGUCUUUUCAGCUGUACAUGAGAAUUCAUCCUCGCUAAUAUCUGGGUGGUCCUUAACGAGACAGCCCGGCGCAGAACAAACCGAUUACUCUUUCUCCCACCCGACUUUCGCGAACAAAACAUUUUCGCUCCCCUUUCCCGUGCUGGCUCAGGAAAAGGAAAGCAAUCCACAACCAGAGACCAUGUACGGCGCGAUUUUAGCCUUCACGGCCAAGAGAUUGUGGCUCACGAGAGCUGAACGACUGGAACGACAUCCGUGGCUUGAGUGUCCUAUCUACCACACGUACGUCCUCCGUGACGACAAGGGAACAUGGGCUGGGGUAUUGUCUGACGACGAAGUGGACGGUGACGCGUUGGAAGAAACCUUUUCCCAUGGCGACGAGACCCGGUGUGAGCUCAUCGCGAUAUCAAAGACAAGGGUUCGCGACUGGAAAUACGCCGAAGGCUACCUGCUGGAGUGGGAGCUCGACGAACACCCCUCGGCAGAUCGAAUCGAGGAUGCCUACGACUUCUAUAAUGUUCUCUGGGUUCGCUGGCAGGACCAAGUUGCGUACCGGAAGGGGAUAGGAAGGGUGUCGGCCGACGUUUGGGAUCGUUUAGAGUUGGAUGAGGUGGACGUCAAUCUUGGCUGA